GUAAGUUCUUAUCUAGUGGGGUGAAGGUACCGACGCCGAUUUGUUUGAGUGGUGUUCACAAUUUUCGGACUAGAAGAAAUUCUUUUAUCAAUUUAAUCGCAGUAAAUUGUUAUCAUUACUCGAUUAUUGACAAAUAUAUCAACUUAUUUUUCUUCUUUAUCGCGUGAAUUUGCACGGCAAGAUUUGGGCGAAACUGUCAAGUAAGUGUGAUUCGACGCGCAUGUGCGAGGAACGCGGCCAACCAGGCCACUGUUUUAUCGUCGCAAACAGUAGCGGCUAGCGAGAGGCGGUGCAAACAGCUGAUUUUGUUCUGCGUGCGGUUUUCGCGUACGAAGCACAUGUCCGUCGCCCGAUAAUCCGUCGCGUCAGAUCUUCGAGUCUUCUUCGCGUCGCGCAAUCGGUUUUCGGAAUCGAGUUUAACUGGUGCGCGUGGUCGCGCGCGAUCCAACGAUCGUUGAUAUUUCGAACACCCGGCGUCCGGGAGAUCGCGCGAGCGAGAUUGCACCACCAGAGAGUUACGUGCGAUAUGAGCAGCGUCCGGCUGUGACCGCUGUAAUUCUUUUCUAGUCGUCUUCUUUUCGCGCUUUUCUCGUUAUCGUUGUCGUUGCUGGAUCGAGGGGAAAACAUGGCCGAUCGCGAUAGCGCGUCUGAGAGUGACUCGAGUUCGAUCGACGGCGGACCGAUCAUGAUGCCGCCGUCACCGGUAACGCGCGAGCAACUGCAGAAGCGCAUCGAGUCUCUGCAGCAGCACAACCGCGUGCUCAAGGUCGAAUUAGAAACUUACAGGAUACGGGUGAAGACGCUGCAGGAGGAGAAUCAUGCCCUACGCAAGGCAUCUGUUAUCAUACAAGCAAAAGCUGAACAAGAAGAAGAAUUUAUUAGCAACACUUUGCUGAAAAAAAUCCAAGCCUUGAAGAAGGAGAAAGAGACUCUGGCGCAUCAUUACGAACAGGAGGAAGAAUGUCUCACCAACGAUCUGUCAAGAAAAUUGAAUCAAUUGCGACAGGAGAAGUGCAAGCUGGAGCAGACGCUGGAGCAAGAGCAAGAAUGCUUGGUGAACAAGCUGAUGAGAAAGAUUGAGAAGCUCGAGGCGGAGACACUGGCCAAGCAGAGUAAUCUGGAACAAUUGCGACGUGAGAAGGUCGAGUUGGAGAAUACACUGGAGCAGGAGCAAGAGGCGUUGGUGAACAAGCUUUGGAAACGAAUGGACAAACUGGAGGCUGAAAAACGAAUGCUGCAGAUCAAGCUGGAUCAACCGGUCUCGGAUCCCACGUCGCCCAGAGAGAUCAACAACGGCGACACCGCCACAAAUCUGAGCACGCACAUUCAAACACUACGAAGCGAAGUCGCCCGAUUAAAGCACACUCUGUUGAUUUCGCAACAAGAACAUACGGAAAAGAUGAAGCGAUACGUUAACGAGGAGAAGCAAAUACGCGAGGAGAAUCUGAGACUGCAGAGAAAGCUGCAAUUGGAGGUUGAACGCCGUGAAGCCUUGUGUAGACAUCUUUCGGAAUCUGAAUCCAGCUUGGAGAUGGAAGAAGAACGGCACUAUAACGAAAUUGUGAUGUCGGGAGGGAACGUGAGGACUCGCACGGUGUCCAGUCCCGUUCCCUACAACCCUUCUCCUAGUUCCUCAAGACCAUUGAGUCCAGGUGUUAACGUGGUAGGCUCUACGACCAGAGAGAAUUUCGGUCGGUGUCACGCCUGCGGCCAGCCAACUGCCCUUCCGUUCGCCAGCUCAUCGCCUCCGUCAGGGGGACACGUCGCGGCACCGUCCAGCAGGCGCACGUCGGACCGUUUCGUCAAACCAGCAAUUCCGCCCACUAUUGUGAGCCCCGGCGGUCCGCCGAUCGUCGCUCCCAAUCCCGCGGCGAACGUCACGGCGCCGAAUUUGGGAUCGCCGAUGGACAUCGCGAAAACAUAAGUCUUCCAUCCUGAGAAGAGGGGAACUCUCCGCGAAUAUAAACAAAAAAAACAAAAAAAAAAAAAAACAAAAAACCCCCUUUUUACAUAUUUUGCGCGCAAGAUACUUCUCUCUAAACAUUCGCGUCUCGGUGCUGAGAGAGAAAAACGCCGGAGAUAUAUACGCACUUGAUACGCAACGGCCAUCGCGUCGGCGCUUCUUCUUCUCGAACAUUUCCGUUCGUUCGAUAUUAAACACUUCAGCUCUAAUGUGUAAUAUAACGGGCUAUGGCUGAGAUAACACGGGACUUAAAGAUAUUUCGAUCUGAAUGGCAGAUUUGUAGAUUUUAAACGGCUUUGCCUUUUGUCCGUAGGAUCGAUUUGAUUUUCUUCUCUUACACGACGCGUACCGCUUUUCCUCAACGAUUUCUUCACGACCAUUCAGACGUGACUCCUUGUCGCAUCACGCAAUUCAUAUUGUUUGAGUGUUUCACGUAAAGAAAAAAUAAAAAAGAGAAGAAGAAAUAAUGAGAAAAAUUUAAAAAUGUUGCUUCCAAUGUUCCAAGUAAUCACAAUAUAAAUGUUGAACGCUGAGAAAAACAAACGUCGAUUUAAACGCGACGUUUAUUUGCGAUAUUACUGUAAUUUUACUGUACGUCUUACGAACGUGAAUACGAAAGUAUUUAGAGUGUAGUGUGUCGCGAUGUUUCACACGAGUUUAACAAAAGGUAUUCAAUUAUGCAUUUGUUUAGCUUUGAACCUGAGUGAGACUUAGCGUUUUCGGGGUUUUCCUAAGAGGCGGAAGCAUAAUUCUGCUGAUUGGAAAAAAUUUCAUUAGCUCCUUCGCCGUGGAUUGUCGUCAGAUCUCUGCGAAAAAAAAAAAACAAAAUACGCAAAAAUCAGACGGAAUCGGAUUUCAGAAUGAGAUGGAUCGGUCAAAGAGGCUUUAGAGCAGCAUUUGUGUGUCCUCGCCCUGACGUUUCAAAGGGUUCCUCUUCUUGUACUCGCGCACCUAACAAUUGAACGACAAUUUUUAAAAAAUUCAAUGCAGAUUUGCGAAUUUAAAAAAUAAAAAAUAAAAAAAAAAAAAACAUACGCACUCUUCGAAAGCUUAAGCAUCUAAGUGUCCGUAAAGACAUAUAUAAUAUAUUUAAGCUAAAUAUAUUUAAUAAUCGAUCAAUGUGUAAACCUUAAAAAAAAAAAAAAAAAAAACAACAACAAAUAUGUGCUCACGAUAUUUUUUAGUCUCAUUGUUUUGAAAAAGUCUAGCCGUGUAAAAUCCAAUCUACAGAUUUCUCGAAGUUUUACAUCCUUAUCCGCUUCGGUCUCUGUUCCCGAAAGUUUUUGGACGUCGAAACACUUUUGACUCGUCGAAAAUUGCUUUUUUUUUUUUUUUAACGCUCGCGUUGCAAAGCGUUGAGAUCUAGAAUCUUCGAAGUUUUCUUGUCGGAGCCGCGAAAGUCUUCUUCGUGCGAUUCGCAACGAGAGAAGCGAAAUGCGACGUGUGUACAAACGACACACUUUGCGCACUCCGUUUGUUUGCUAAUAAUAACUUUGUUUUUUUUUUUUUUUUUUGUAUUCACAAUACGUGUGUGUUGGUUGGCGGUGUUGUCUGUUGCGUUUUCUUGUUGAAUCGGACUUUGUAACAUGUGUGUUUCGGGGAAACGCGCGCGAGAUAAAUCGCGUUCCCCAAAAAUUCGGAAGACCAGAACGUUUUCAUGUGUCUGUUUGUAUAAUAUUUAUAAAGUUUUGUUUCUGAAAUGUCUCUCGUCUUUGCGCUUCGAGUCCUUCGAAACGAACUUUUGAAAAAAUCGCGGAGUUCGGAGAUCUUGAAUAUCUUGAGAAAUUUUUCAGAGAGAGAGAAGCAACACCUCAAGGAGGAAGAAUUAACAUCCGUGUAUGUGUGUAUUUUUUUUCAGUCGGAAGAAAAUUCUCAACGUCUCCUUUAUAUUACGUCCGGUCCUUACCACGAACAAUCGCGAUAAGAGAGAAGCUGAGAAAUUUGUGACGUAAAAAGCACAUGAUAUCAAAAAAAAAAAAAAAAAAAAAAAAAAAACAAAAACAAAAAAAAACAAACAAAAAAGUCGCGGUAUAAAAAUUUUAUUCCCCUCCGUGCGGGAGAGCGAUUUUCUCGCAUUUCUUUCUCUUUGUGAUUUCGUGAUGAUGCACGGCAGCUCUGACCGUUUAUACAACAUUUAUAAAACUCUCCUGCGUUUGUAUACAAAUAUAUGUAUAUAUACACAUGUAUAUGUGUAUGUGUGUACAAAACAAGUGUUUUGUGUAAUAAUUUAUAGACGAUACGCGAGAUUCACACAGAAAGAUCAAACCGUUGCUUAUACGUCGAUCGUAUUGCGCAUGUAUAAUGAAUAUACACUUGUGUGUAUACUUGUUAUACGUGUAUAAUACAGCAAAAAAAAAAAAAAA